AUGGAUGCCAGGAAAAAGCAGUUGAAUGGUAUCAAUGAUAGCCGUAUUCAACUUGGUGAAUUGGCUGGGCAGCUUGGCGGAUUUGUUGGUCAAAGUGAGAGUGUUAAGAAAGCCGUUGUGAAUGCUAUUAUCGCUAAAAUUAACAGUAAUGAAGAGCUUAAACAUCUUUACUCUUCUCUUGUUACUAACCUUUCUGAGUCUGUCAAGUCUGCUGGCCAGGCUGAUGACACCGGAAAAAUUAGUGAGCUAAAAAGUAAAAUUACCACUGAAAUUAAGCUUACUGAAGAGACAAUGAAGAAGCUUAAACCUUCUGUAAUUAACUCUCCUUCUUCCCCCUCUCCCUCUGCUGAGUCAGACAAAUUGCACUCCAAGUUGCAGGCUUUGGAGAAAGUGGAGAAGCUUUGUGAAAAUUAUGAGAAACUUAAAACUUCUGAUAAUAACCCAAAAAAUCUCUUAGAUAAUUUAUGUGACGGCCUCGAAACCUUCCUCGGCUUCAACUCUGCUUCCAAAGGCUACGAUGGCACUGGGAUAGUGUACUCCGACUUGGAUAGGCUGUGUGACGGGGUGAUGGGAUUUUUGAGUGGAGUGCUUGGUGCGGUGAAAAACGAAAAUGAAGUGACAACUUAUGAUAAUUACAUAACUUCAACUAAUAUUAAUAGUGUAGUUAGCAAAAUACAUGACUGUAUUGGUAAGG